CUUUGGUUGCUUUUGUGGAGAAAGAGAGAGCUCAGAUUGAGAAGAUACAAAAUGCAGCCAAGGGGGAGUGGUAGCUCAUCAAAACUUAAUCGAAAUGAAAUUGAGAAAAGCCGAAGAUUGCAACUCAAAGAUCUCUAUUCCAAGCUUGCUUCUCUCAUCCUUAAACAACCCUCAGAGGAAGGAUUGCCAUUACGUGAUAUGUUGGAGCAAGCCACCAAGUAUGUGGUGGAGCUGAAACAGAAUGUGGAGGAGCUGAAGCGGAGGAAGGCAACCCUUAAAGGCGAUGAGGGUGGUUCUGAGGAGAGGUUACCGGUCUUGAUGGUACGACACAUGGGUUCAACUUUGGAGGUGAAUUUGAGUACUGGGUUGGACAAGAAAUUCAAGUUACAUGAAGUUUUGAGUGUUCUCAAGGAAGAAGGACUUGAAGUUGUAAGUGCUAGUUACUCUACUGUGGGAAACCAAACCUUCUACACCAUUCAUGCUCAGAUUUUAUAUUCAAGAAUUGGGAUAGAGACUUCAAGAAUGCAUGAAAGAUUGGAGGGACUCAUUCAUUGAAUUUAUGUAAUCUUUUUGGUCUUAGCCACUCCCACUGUGACCUAGUCAUAAAUGGUUGGAGAGAGAAAACGAUCAAAGAUUUUUGUACUUUGCAGGGAUAGACUGUGUCCGCUGACUCCAUCAAUUCGAUCCAAAAAGAUUAAUAAACUUUUUUUAUUGCAUUUAUUUUA